AGAUUAUCUAGCUUUAAAUGUAUAUGUAGCCUUGUGCUAUUACAAGCUAGAUUACUAUGACGUAGCUCAAGAAGUGCUUCAAGUUUAUUUGCAAAAGUAUCCAGAUAGUGCAAUCGCGAUUAAUUUGAAAGCGUGUAAUCACUUCCGUUUGUAUGAUGGAAAUGCCGCGCAAGUUGAGAUGAAGCAGCUCAUUGAGAAGAUAUCAAGUUCCUUCAGUUCCGGCCAUGAUCUUAUACGACAUAACACAGUUGUUUUCAGAGGUGGUGAGAACGCAUUGCAAAUUUUACCCAAUUUGGUGGACGUCAUACCAGAAGCCAGGCUUAAUUUGGUCAUAUAUUAUUUGAAACAAGAUGAUGUCAAGGCAGCCUAUGACUUGAUCAAAGAUCUGGAGCCAGCAGUCCCACAAGAAUACAUUUUGAAGGGUAUAGUUAACGCUGUUAUGGGCCAGGAAACCAAUUCUCGCGACAGUAUAAAAACUGCACAGCAGUAUUUUCAACUAGUGGGCUCUUCAGCAUCGGAGUGUGAUACCAUACCUGGUAGACAAUGUAUGGCCUCCUUCUUCUUCCUUUACCGGCAAUUUGAUCGAGUCAGACUCUAUCUGAAUUCGAUAAAGACGUAUUUCUCCAAUCAAGAUAACUUUAACUUCAACUACGCUCAAGCUCAAGCCGGAGCGGGUUACUUCAAAGAAGCGGAGGAGGCUUUCCUGAUGAUACGUAACGAAAAAUAUAAAAACGAUUACAUUUACAUCAGUCUUCUAUCGUAUUGCUAUAUAAUGAAUAAGAAGGCUGAAUUAGCCUGGGAACUGUAUUUAAAAAUGGACACAUCGGCGGAGUCCUUCAGUCUGCUUCAGCUGAUUGCCAAUACGUGUUACAAAGUAGGCGAAUUCUGGUACGCCGCUAAAGCCUUCGAUAUGCUGGAGCGUAUGGAUCCAAGUCCUGAACAUUGGGAAGGAAAGCGCGGCGCAUGCUGCGGCACUUUUCAGUAUAUCAUCGCGGAGAAGCUACCAAAAGAACUACUAUCGGAAGUGAUACAAAUUCUGAAAAAUACAUCCAAUUCUCAAGUGGAGCAGAUAAUACGCGUUAUGCGCAAGUGGGGAAAGGAUAACAGGGUGAACUGUUAAUAUUAAUUUGUGGCAUUUUGUGGCAUCGUUAAUUAAUUAUCAAUUCCGUCCAAAAAAAUGCUUUCUAUAUUUUAUAAGUUAGUAAUAUCACGUAACACAUGUAGAGCAUGUGUAGUGCACGUUGUUUUAAAUUCAUUUAUUGUAACAAGGAGUUAUAAUAUUCUAUCUCUAUAUAGAGUAACAAUGUAUGAUGAAUUCUUGUACAGCUUAUUAAAUAAAAUUGUGAUAGUGGAAUUAUAAAAAUAA